CAUGGAUCUGUCAAAGUAAGAACGGAACAACGGGAUAUCUCCACGUAACGCGUGUGCGCGUUUCUAUAGUUUUCUCGCUUUAUUCAAUUAAAUAAUAUUAUUACGGCGGCGAUGAUUGUGUAGAAAAAUCCCCACAUAAUAGGAGUACACAUUUUAGACAUUACAUAUAAAGAUCCGGCCAGUAUGAAGAGUUGGGGUCUUCUUCUGGUCGCUGCUUUAGCGUUAAGUGGCAGUUAUGCAGUGGAUAGGAAUAAUUUUAAGACUUGCGACCAGUCUGGUUUUUGCAAGCGGUUGCGGGGUUUUAAGCCGGAAAAGUCGGAGUACACUCUUAAUUUAGACACUGUAUUAGUACACGGAAAUGUAUUAUCGGCCGAAGUUGACACUGUGGACACCUCGACCCAGGAAAGGAAGGUUUUGUGGCACUAUGCGAUGAGACUAUCAGCUCUGGUGGAUGGCACAUUCAGGGUGGAAAUAGACGAGGUGGAUCCUCUGUAUCCAAGGUACAGGACCCAGCUUGCACUCAACGGAGAACCCAAGGCUGAUGGCCUAAAACUGCUUUCAAACGAAAAUGGAAAGCUGACCCUCGCGAACAGUCAGGGACAUAAAGUGGUGAUUACAGCGGCACCACUGAAGAUAGAGUUCCUGAACCAGGCUGGAGACGUGGCAGUGGUGCUGAACGACAAUGCUCAGCUGGUCGUGGAACCGCUCCGAGUUAAAAAGGAAAGGAUUGAUGAUGAGGAUGGGAACGCUGUGGAAGUUGAGGAAGAAGGUACUUGGGGCGAGAGUUUCAAAUCCCACCACGACAGCAAGCCUCGUGGUAACGAAGCCGUGUCUCUGGACUUCAGCUUCCCAGACGCUGACAAUGUUUAUGGUAUUCCGGAGCAUACGGAUAAAUUCGCCCUCAAGACAACGACCUCUGGCGAGCCCUACCGUCUGUUCAACUUGGACGUGUUCGAGUAUGAACUGGACAGUCGCAUGGCUAUCUAUGGAGCCGUUCCUGUAUUGUAUUCUCAUGGCCCGAAGCACAGCGCAGGUGUGUUCUGGCACAACUCAGCUGAGACAUGGGUGGACAUUGUCAACUAUGCGGACAGUACCGUGGUCUCCUCGCUCGUUAACCUUGUCACUGGGGGACAGAAGCGCCGUGUUGAUGCCAGGUUCAUAAGUGAAUCGGGCAUAGUGGACGUGUUCGUGUUCCUGGGAGAAAAGCCAUCAGACGUGUUCCGUCAGUACGUCAUGUUGACUGGACCAGCGCCAUUGCCUCCUAAAUUUUCUUUAGCGUACCACCAAUGCCGUUGGAACUACGUGGACGAGGCGGACGUCAGGUCCGUCGACAAUGGGUUCGAUGAACAUGACAUACCUGCCGACGUCAUCUGGCUAGACAUCGAGUACACUGACAGGAAGAAGUACUUCACAUGGGACCCCCUAAAGUUCCCGAACCCCGCAGAGAUGAUCGCGAACCUGACAUCCAAGGGUCGGAAACUGGUCACCAUCAUAGACCCCCACGUCAAGAGAGAGGCAGGUUACUUCCUUCAUGAAGACGCUACUGAACUUGGAUACUAUGUUAAGGAUAAAGAUGGAAAGGAUUAUGAAGGUUGGUGUUGGCCUGGUUCCUCGUCAUACCUCGAUUUCUUCAACCCGGUUGUAAGCAAGUAUUACUCGGAGAGGUAUUCGUUCGAGAACUUCCCUGGGACCAGCAAGGAUGUACACAUUUGGAAUGAUAUGAACGAACCCAGUGUAUUCAACGGUCCAGAGAUCACGAUGCCGAAGGACUGUCGCCAUUACAAGCCGCCCCAGGACGGGAACGACGGACUCGCUGCCUACUGGGAACACAGACACGUGCACAACGAGUAUGGUCUGUGGAACAUCCGCGCGACCCACGAGGGCAUGUUGCAGCGCGCUGACAGCAAGUACAGGCCCUUCAUACUCACUCGCUCCGCCUUCGCUGGUACUCAGAGAUACGCGGCAGUAUGGACUGGCGACAACAUGGCGGAGUGGGGCUUCCUGGCAGUGAGUGUACCGAUGUGCCUGUCUCUGGCCUCGGCCGGUAUCAGCUUCUGCGGCUCCGAUGUAGGAGGGUUCUUCAAAUAUCCUGAGGCUGAGCUCAUGACGAGGUGGUAUCAGGCGGGAGCCUUCCAGCCCUUCUUCCGCGCGCACUCCCACAUCGAGACCAAGCGGCGCGAGCCCUGGCUCUACGACCCCGCCACCACCGCGCUACUGCGGGACGCCAACCGGAGGAGAUACGCGCUCAUUGACUUCUGGUACACGUUGUUCUACGAGCACUCAGUGGACGGGCUGCCCGUGAUGCGCGCGCUGUUCCAGGAGUACCCCAAGGAGGAGGACACAUACACCAUCGACGAUCAGUACCUGCUCGGAAACAAACUCCUAGUCCGUCCAGUAGUGGAGCCAGGAGUGAGCAAUGUGAAGGUGUACCUGCCCGGGUCCGCAACCCGCACCCUGUGGUACGACGUCGACACUUACCACGCAUACCCGGCCAAUGGAUACCUAACCUUCGAUGUUACGCUCUCUAAGGUGCCAGUGUUCCAGCGGGGCGGCGGUAUAGUCCUGCGCAAGGAGCGCGUGCGUCGCUCGUCCGCGCUGAUGGCCGACGACCCCUACACCAUCGUCGUCGCACUCGAUGCCAAUGGUACGUCAGAAGGCUCGCUGUACAUUGACGACGGUGAGACGUACGAGUACAGGAACAACAAGUACAUCUAUGCCAAACUGGCGUACGAGCCCAGCGCUAUGACUUAUUCCUUCGUAAACGAUAAAGCGAGCUACCCAACCCGAUCCUGGGUGGAGCGCAUAGUCAUCGCCGGUAUUAAGAACCCUCCUAAGACCGCCAAGCUGGUCCAAGGGGAGAAGCAGACAUCUCUACAGAUGACGCUGCACAAAGGGAACGACGUGCUCGUGGUCCGCAAGCCGGCCGCCAGUAUGGCGCAACCUUGGAAAAUCAUCUUUAGCUAUUAAGAUUUUAGGUAGAAAAUGGGUUGUUACUGCUAACCGGCUCGGUAAGAUACGUAUGUAUUGAUAUUUCGCUAAUAAUAUAAUAGAAAUCAGAUUAGUCGGUUUUCAAUCUUAUUGCCUUUGCUAUAAAGUCUAUAGUAGUUUGAUGUAGAUGUUUGUAGUUCUGUGUAAUAGAUUUUGAACCUUACCGUCUUUGGUGUGAAAUCGAAUGUCUCUUGUGGUUUCGCCGUUGAUUCAAAUUCUUCCACUACCAUAGAACUAUCCAUCACAAAAAGAUUUAUUCAAACCUUCAAAGAAAGAGCGAAUUUCUUUUUACGUGUUGCGGGUGUCCAUAGGCGACGUUGAUCGCUUACUAUCAGGUGAUCCGUCCGCUCGUUUGCCUCCUAUUCCAUUUAAAAAGUAGAAAUUUUUAAUAGCUUUGCUUCCUAUUUAAUAGAGCUUAUAGUAUCAAUACUACAUCAAAAACACUUAAAGAUAUAAUACCACAAACAGAUAUACAUAUGACAUUUUUAAAUUACAACUAUAGGUACUUUAUUCUCUCGUUCUCUAUAAAAUAUAGUCAUAAUAAUGUCUAAUCCGACGCCGGUAAGUUGUAACUGUAAAAAAAACUCAAAACAAUAGGUUAUUUAUUUUUUCGAGUAAAUAAUUCGAGUGUAAUGUACUACAACUAUACUAUGUAUUAGUAAAUUAAUAUUAGGACCUUGCCAGUCCUCUGUAAUUACCCGACUGUAUCAAAAGGAGGGCUAUGUGUUUCAAGUGAUAUGUUUAUAACAUUUUCUCGUUGGUUACUUAGUUGAAAUGUUAUAUUUUGACUGUAUUUUGAACUACUUACUUCUGCGUAGGUUCACCAGCUCUGCUCGGCUCCUUUUGAUCGUAGCGUUAAGUUUUGUAGCCUAUAGCCUUCCUUGUUAAAUGCACUAUCUAACACAAAACGAAUUUUUCAAAUCGGCCCAGUAGUUCUUGAGGUUAGCGCGUUCAUACAAACUCUUCAGUUUAAUAUAAUAGUAUAAGAUUUCUGGAUUGCUGCUUUUUUGUAGAAUUUUAAAACAUACUGCAUCAACUGAAUGUGCAAUUCUGUAUCUCAUGGGCGUUUCUACCAACCACCCCUACAACUUGUCUUAACUAAAAUUUACUUAACGGGACGUAUGCCGGAAUACUGAAACGCUACUCAAUUUUAAGUGACGCUUAAGUAUAGUUCCAUCUCCACAAAUUCUUUGUAAAAUGACAGAGAUGGCACGAUAUUUAAGCACGACUUAAAAUUAAGUAACGUUUCAGUAUUCCGGCAGUAGGCAGCAGUAGUUCUAAACUAACGUCUUAGGCUCUUGACAGACGGAGCGCAUUUCAACUGUAAACCAACGCAAAUUGCAGUUUGGUCAUGACUGCAAUAGAACUGCAAUCAGACACACGUUCAAUUGCAGUCGUGUCAACAGCGUUCAAACUGAAUCUGAACUGCAAUUUGCAGUCUGAUUGCAGUUGAAAUACGGUUCGUCUGUUUGUCACUUAUAGGUCGGUGAAAACCAAAAUAUCAGUAAAUGUCUCCUUUCUUUGCUAAGGGGUUCCUUUAAAUUUAGGGGUGGUUGUUGAAAACGUGCAUUAUUCUGUUAAAAGUUUAAACUGAUGAUUUUUAAAUACAGUCAAAAUUUAAUAAAAUUGUAUCAUUAAGACACUGUUUUAAGGAAUAGAAUGAACUGUGAUUGUCGUUUACGUACUCAAAAUAAAAGUACGUAAAUAAAAAUUGGUAAUUAAAUUAAUUAAUGUAUGAAGAAACAGUGUCGAAGUGAAUACAACUCUAUUAGGAAGCAGUAAGGACUAGAUUUCAGUGUAGGAACUCAGUGAUCAGUCAUUCUUGACAGUUACACAAACUCUAAAUUGACAACUGGUAUUUAUCAAAUCGAUGAGUAAAUUGAAACCUUCACGUAGGUGAAAUACGAUGUAAUUUCGUUUGUAUACAUAUUGCUACGAAAACGUUAACCUUAUUUCUUUAGAGAUUCUUCAAACAGAAAGAUGAUCAGUUUUUGAAAAUAAAAAGUCCUAUAUCGUGGGUGCAUUUACAAACAUACAACAAGUCCACGUACACGUGACACCCAGACCCGAAACAAUCUGUGGAUCACACAAAGAUUUGCUCCGUGUGGGAAUCGACGCUAGACGUUGCGGGGCAGCCCUUUGCCGCGCAACGUGUAGCUGGUAUCUUCGUCGUAGAAAUUGUCAGUCCUUCGGGGGCCUCUGGGCACGGGCUCAGAGUGGCUUUACGGUACAGCCGGUACUGAGUAUAAUGAUAUAAUUUCUUAGAUUCUUUUCACCUUUAAAUCCUAGUCACACAAACAUACAUUUUUGAAGAUAUUUCUAUAAUAUGGAACGGUGUGUAGCAUGUGUAUUAUAUUCGAAAGACAUAUAUAACGUUUGUGUAACGUAACUCCAAAUAGUUGUAAUCAUUAGUACAUCUAGCAUAUGAUUAUCGCUCCGUAAGAUUAUAAGUACCUAAUUACGAUUUUUUAAUAAAAUAAUACAACUUAAAUUGUAUUUUACUCAGCAUUAAAAAUACUGGAAAGUAUUUCUCUCUGUAUUUUAUUAUCUAGAACAAAAAAAUGUGUAAUUUUUUUAUAGUCUGUGACCAGUAUGUAUUAUUCCAUGUUGUAGAUAAAAAAUCAAAUUGAACUAUAUGUAUUGUCUGUGGUUUAAUGAAAACUGUUUGCAAAUCUGUAACGGGUAAGGUAAUAAAGAAUUUUAUUGUAUGUAUGUGAUAAUAAAAUACAUUUUAAUUAA